UGUAGUUGAGUGGGGAGAAGGGACUUAAGGUCGGCCUCUGAUGGUACCUGGUCAGUAUGUCAAUCGGGUUCAUCAUGCUUUUGAGAAUUAUCCUGUGGUCGGCGGCUGUAAGUCCGGCGAUCUGUUCGAUCAUCCGGAGUAAAAUGGAUUUGGAAAUCGGUGUGGGGCAAGUUUUGAAUUUCGACCCCCGGCUUUACUUAGAUCUGCCCUCAGAUUGCGGUCUGCAAUUUUCUUCCCAAAAUUUCAAUUUCAUCGGUGCCGUCGAACCGAAAAAAACCGUUUGCGGAAGAAAUCUGACCUACAGCCAUUUCGGUUCACAGUACGAUCAAACGCUGAGGUUUUUUGUCUUGCACGGGGGUAAAAUCGAAAGGGGUUCGGUACGAGUGAAAAUCGUAAGAAAAGCCGACUUUUCUCUCAAACCGCUCGUCGUGCAAAAAGGGAAAACUGUCUCUUUGAUCGAAAACGUCAAAGGUGGAAACAGAAAGUGUAAGGUGUUCAUUAAAGAAACACCCCGUUUUGGCGCCCUCCGCCUAAGAUAUCCCGGCCAACUUGAGUAUAACUGUAGCGACCUUAAAAAUUCCCUCGUCUACAAAAAUUUCGAAAAUUCAAAUUCCAACGACAGCCUCACUAUAAGGAUCAGUUUGGAAAAACCCAUACAAAUUUUCUACACACAGCUGAAAAUUUACGUCACCUCUGAGGCAAGCAACAGGCCACCUCAAACGCUGGAUAAUUCCAGUUUUUGGCAGUUGAAGUCAAAGGACGACACGACGAAAUCAAACAGGUUACUGUACAAAAUUGGAAACCCAAAUGAAAUGACAGUCCUGUCCACGUUUACCGGGUUGAGGGUGAACCACUUCCGCCAAGAAGACAUCGACAACAGAUUAGUGACGGCCUUUCCAUCGAAAAACGGCAAUGGAACUAUAAAAUUAAAUGUGCUAGACGAAGAGAACGCAUCGUCACAAGUGGAAGUGCCGGUAUUUUCCGGGAACGCGACCAAGCUGAAGCAUUUCACAUCGAAUUGUUUGAAAGGUCUGGCAAUAAUGGAAGGCCAUUCGGGACCUCUUGUCCAUUUCCCUUGGGUGUCUAAUCCCGAAAAGGAAAAAUUCAAAAUCCUCCAGUUUCCCAAAUUGGGCAACAUCACUGUUCCUGGUACGGAGAAUAAUUUUAACCUCAAAGAAGCCCUCGAAGGACGUGUGAUAUACAAUAACUAUCAUCCGGGUAAAGGAACCGAUUUUGUCAUUUUGGAGUUGGAAAACUGUGGAUCUUUCGUUUAUCCAAUAUUUAUAAUUACUGAAGAUAAAUCGCCACCGAUUUGGACUGGGCCGAAGGAGAUCUCGGUGAAAAGCGGAGAUCUUUCUCUGUCUUCCUUCACCGCCUCCGACCCGGACAGCCCGCAGGACGAACUCAACUUCAAGCUCGAGGAUAUUAAAUUUGGGGAAAUUAUAAUGAAAGAUGAAGAAUCAGAAAUGAGGAAUAUAAAAGAAUGGAGGCCGUGCGAUCUUGAGAAAAUUUAUUAUCGCUUAAUGAAAAGACCAGUUGGAGGAGGAGUGGACAGAAUGUCUUUUAAAAUUGUCGACAGCUCAUAUCCUCCAAAUAAAUCUCCACUUAUCCACAUCAAGAUCAACAUUCCCAAAGACACGACUCCCCCGAAAUUGGUGUCUAAUCCGGGGCUUAUCUACAGGGAAGAACCGACCCAGUUGACGGGUCUUAAAUUCGCCGACGAUUGGCCCAAAUCGCACAUUGUGUACCAGCCGAGUUCGGCCCUGGGACGCUUUUUGACCAAAGGAGGUCUCAACCUGCCCGUCUUUUCUCAAGAGAUGAUAGACAAAGGGGUCGUCUACUUCAGCCUCGAAAUCAAAAAAGAAUCGGAUUUCGAAAUUGUCUUUAACGUCUCCGACGGUGACGGGAACAAAAUCGAAAACCAAGCUCUCAGAGUUCAUGUCUCAAGAGAAACAAUGUUUCACACUCACCAGCCUGAACAGUACAUCGGACUGCUACAGGUGGACGAAGGCGGGAUCGCCGAAUUGUCUUCUGAGCUAUGGGGCCACAAAGAAUGUGGCGACUCUUCUUUUUAUUUGGAUGAGAGUCCGAGCAAAGGUGAAAUCAUGCUUGGAAACAAAAACGUGAAGAGUUUCAAUUGUAGUUCUUUAAUGUCGGGCGAUGUCCUUUACGAACACGAUUCCUUGGAGAUCGGUAAAAACGCGAUUUUCGACCGUUUUAUCCUGAAAACAGCCAACGGUACUAAAAUAAUGUUCAACGUCGUGAUAAACCCGAUUGACAAUUACAUGACUGAGGUGUUAGUGAAAAAAGAAGUGACCGUCAAAGAAGGAGGAAAAGCGAAAAUCUCCGAAGAGAACUUGGAAAUCUUAGACCCGGAUACAAAAGAUGGCGAUAUCACGUGUGACAUCGUUGUCAAGCCGGUCUACGGGGUCGUCAAUCCGUUUAGAAAAUCGGAUCUGGUCAACGGGAAGGUGUUUUAUAGUCAGACAGUCCACAAAAUGCUCGAACCGGAACGAGAUUGUUUAACAAUUUACUGCCACGACAACACGAACCAAUAUGGAAAUAAGACUACAAUAGAUGUGAAGAUUCUUCCAGUCAAUGAUGAACCGCCCGUAAUAACGUUUACAAACGUUACUAAAAAAUAUAUACAACUAUCCGAAGCGGUUUACGUCAGUGACAUGGAUACGGAGCCAGAUUUCCUCACCCUUGGAAUAAUAAGACACCCGAGGAAAGGCAUAAUAGAGAAAAGAUACGGAAAUCUGUUGAACUUCACGUUGAGCGAGUUGCCGGAACUCUUCUACGAAAAUUUUGGAGGCGCGGACAGUUUCGUUUUGGCCGCGAGCGACGGCGAAUUUAUGACGGCUUCUGAGAUUUUCAUAGAAAUUCAAGACUUUUUCCCUCUCGUCAUCAACAAAGGGCUCGAUUUAGAGACGAAUGCGAAUAAACUUAUUACAGAUGAAGAAUUGUAUUCCGAAAUAUCGAAUAUAGACAAAAGAGAACUUCUGUACAUUAUAAAAAAUCCUCCGAUGUUUGGCCUCCUUCUUUUGAACGACAAACAGUUGACGGUAGGCAAUACAUUCAGCCAAGAGGACGUUUCGGAAAAACGAGUUUCUUACACGCACACCGACGACACAAGUUUGAUGGACGUCAUCGUAUUUGACAUUGCGCAUAGAUCAGAUGUGUUACAGAACCAGAACUUUUUUAUAACGAUUCACGACAAUAAGAUGAAUUUACGAGUCGUGUCUCGUCAGCUUAAGAUACUACCGAAAUCGGUAUUGGUACUGGACGAGAAUUCCCUGCGAGUCGAACCGUCACCUCGAGACAAGGCAAAAUUCAACGUCCUCCUAAUAUCGCAGACGAAGCAUGGCAGACUGGAGUUCACAGACGGCCGAACCGCCCAGAGUUUCACCUUAAAAGACCUGGAGAAUAAAAGAAUACAGUACGUUCACAAAUCCGACUCGACGCAACAGGAAAUCCUCCAGUUCGAAGUGAGCGACGGACUUCACAGGGUCUUCCAUUCGAUGACCAUACUCGUUGCCGACCCUGAGCCUUUACAAAAAUCUAAAUUAGUGCUCCUAAAAAACAACCCGUUGACAAGAGUACGACAGAUACCAGGAAGGGAGAUCGGGUCAGAAGUAUCAAAUAGGGAAUUGUCAGCAGUGGACUCAGAAGGCAAUUCUAUAGAAUACCAGAUAGUCACAAAACCAAAACAUGGUCGCAUUUUCAACAUCAAAUCCAACAAAACAGUCGACACUUUCACUCAAGAUGAGAUAGACAACAGAUUUAUUUACUAUUUUCUUCAAAAUGAUGCUAAAGUUUCCAGUGAUUCGAUGGUUCUGAAUUUGAAAACUACAAAUGACAAAGUCAAAGGCGUGAAAUUCACUAUUGAAAUGAGUUGGGUUAGUUUCAAAUCGAAUAUUUUUUUCACGAAUGAGGAAAGCGAUGUUUUUCAAAUUGGUAUUUUAAGAAAAGGAUUUUUAAAUCAAUCAUCUUCUAUUGAUAUUUCUGUUGAAGGUGGAAAUGCCACGAUUGAUGAUUUCACUAUUCAAGACAAUAAUGUUUAUUUCACACCUGGUCAAGUAGAAAGCAAUUUAAGCUUGAAUAUAAAAAAUGACAACAUUUCUGAAGGUGUGGAAUAUGUUGUUUUUAAAAUUACCUCGGCCCUUAAUUCUCUUGUAGAAGAACCACAUGAAACUAAAGUCUUCAUCUCAGACCUCAUUAAAUCUCCGGUGGCCAAAUAUGAAGUAGAAGGUCGUCCAACGAUUCAUAAAAAAACAAACAAUCACAUUGAGUGUGUACACAACAAUAUCUCAAUGUCUUUUAAGUUUGAAAGCAAUGUGGUGUUUGCAUAUGAGGCUGAUGAAUUGGCAACUGUGGAAUUGGUUCGAAAUGGCAAUUUAAACUCGACCACAGUUCUGUGCUACACUGAAGACAAUAGUGCAAAUUAUAAAGAUUUCGUCCCAAGAGGUCAAGAUUCAUCAUCAAUUAUUAGUUUUAAAAAAGGUGAAAUUCGAAAAAACUGUAAUAUCAAGUUAAAAAAUGACGAAAUUUAUGAAGGCCAAGAGGAUUUCUUUGUUUAUCUAAAAUGUAUUGAUAUCGCAGAAAAUGACAGAAACAUAUCGACAACAGUAGUAAUUAUUGACAAAGAGGAUGAAGAGUUUGUAACGUUUGAAAAGGAGCAUUAUUUUGUACAGGAGUCAAAUUUGCUUUUGAUAACGAUAGUCAGGGAAGGAGAUAUUUCUCAUAGCCAGCAUAUCAAAGUUUUCACCGAGGAUGGUACAGCAAAAUCUAAAGAAGACUUUUUGUCAACACCUGCUGUUAUGGAAUUUGAGCCCAAUAUGGAGGAAUUAAGUUACGAAGUUGAGAUUCUCAAUGAUAAUCUUACAGAAGGAAGAGAAUUUUUUAUUAUAAAAUUGGCUCUUGGUAAAGGAGAAGUUGAGUCCUACCAACAAGCUAUAGUUUACAUUUCAGAUUUGCCAAAUUCAAGGGCUAUGGUUUUCCCAUCUCCCCCAAUAAUACAGUCUUUGAGGGAUUAUGGAUCACGCAAUAAAAACAGUGUUUUGGUACAAGGAUAUCCGAUUGUUUGCCUUUCAGUUUGUGAUUAUUUUCAUACGCAUUAUUCAAAAUAUCAAGACUGGUGUUUAGAUUAUAACAUAACAUCAAACACAAUCUUAUACCACUGGGAAAUUGAAGAUAUGAACGGUGAACUUAAAGAAAUUCAGAAUCCUCUUUAUUUCAAUCCAAUAAAAACAAUGGUACUCGACAGUGUGUACUUUCAUGGGGGUUACAAAUUGAGAUGUGCUAUUCGGCCUUUGAAUGAUGGCAUUAAAGGAAAAAUUUCUUAUUCUUCUAUUGUAACGAUCGAUAGAACUGAAGGUAUUUGCCCAAAGGUGAAGGAAAAUCUCUUAGGUGCAGAACCUUUUAUGCCUCACAUUGCUUAUAUUGAUUUGAAUGGUACAAAAAGCUUGCAACUCUCAGUAGCGAUUCCACAUUUUGAUGGGCUCUUUCCAGUUGUUUCAACCCAAAAAAUUAAAACAGAAAAGGAAAUAAUGUUAACGUACCCAAUGAGAUCCGAGAUACAUAAAUGUUCUAACAUUCUGAAAUUGAAAGAGGGUGUAAUUAAAAAUGGGUUUUUGAAUCCUCCAGAAAAAUUGCAGGCAACCGAACGAAAUCAAUUUAGUUCAAUAAGAGGGAAUGAAACGCUAAGAUUUUACAAACAUUUAAAUUUAAAAUCAUGCCUUUGGAGUUUCAAGGGAUAUUUCACAUUGCCAGAUGUUGUUAAUGUAUGUGGGGCCUUGGUAAAGACCGAUAUAAGCACUGAGCAUGACAAUGCAUCUGUUUUAUUGGAAAUACCUAUUCACAUAUAUUAUUUUACAUCUUCACUUUUUGGCUGGCAGCAGAUCCAUUCUUCCACGACCACAAAGCUUGAAUUUACCUACAAGACAUCAACAAUUAUAAGGGGAGAUAUGAUGAAGAUGGAAGAAGGAAAUUUGAAAAGUUAUCUUUUGGGAACGAACAUGUACAUAUCACAAAAUGGAUCUCUUAUUCUUUACUUUAAAACAAGGCCUAAGUUCAAUGGAUACUUUUUGCCGGAAAUUCCUGGAAGGUUUGUUAGUCAUGUAAGAAAUAAAGACAGGCCUGAAUUGGACUUUACUCUUACAUUCUUGGGAAAUUUAACAGAAGGGCCUAACGUUGAACAGCUAUGGAUGUUUUCGUCCGAUAUGGCUAGUGUCGAUUAUAGUGGUAACUACGAAAUAGCAUUGAUCCCAUGUGUGGGAAGUGUUGCAUGUACACCAAAAAAGCCAAUAGUGCAAAACCUUGAGGUUCAGUUUCAGCAAAUAAGCGACACAGUAUUCCACAGAUAUCCUCUCAAUACACAGUUUAAAUUAAACAAGCAUAGAUGGGAUGCAUCCGGUGAUACAGGAGACAAUCUGCUUUUUGAACCAGGGGAUUAUGUGUACGGUAAAAUUGGUGUUAUCCCCCCUCAAGAUCACUUGAUCUUGAACAUUAACAAGUGUUACGUAUGCGCCGGAAAAUAUGAUUACAUUCCAAAAUAUGAUCCUGAAAAUAGAGAAUUCGGCUGCCUUAUGGACUCGCCCCAACUUUACUUCUCUUUGAAAUUAAUAGACAGAGAUGAUGCCAGUUCAGUUCAAAGGGUGUUUUAUGAUGAAAUUUUCAAUGCAUCAUUAGAAGCAACUUGUGAGAACGAGUCCAAAUAUAAAAAUUGUGAUGCGUUCACAUUUGACGUCACACCUCUGUAUAAACAAUCUGUUGCAAACAUCUGGUUCGUCCAUUGUACAUAUUCAAUCACUAUAUCUGACAAAAAGAGAGCAAAACGUAACAUAAAUCAAGAUGGUUGGAACAUGCACAGAAUCAUUUUGCAAAAGCAAUACCUGGAAAGUUUUGAAAAACUUGGUGUAGAGCCAAAACGUGAUUGGUACAUAAUUUCUUUUUCAUUGUUCCUGGUUGUUUUAUUGAUGGUAUGUGGAUUUCUGUUUGCAUUCGUCAUUGGCAUCAAGAAAGAACUGGUAGAAACUAAAAAGCACAAAUAUUCAUAUAUAACUUAUAAGAAUUGUAAAUCAGACAUGCUUUAAUUUAUUUGAAUUUAUCUGUACUGAAUUUAAAUGUAAUAUAUCGUUUUUUAAUAUAUGUUUAUUCUACUACUUAACAUA